CUCCUCCCUUCCUCCUCCCUGCAAAAAAACCCAGCCAAACAAAAUAUUAGGGAAGAAAAUGUCUUUUCUAAAACUCUGAGAAUAUGGUCACCUUUUUUCUUGCCUCUUUUUUACUGGCAUAGUACUUUAAGUGUGGGGAAGAAACUAACAUCCCCUUCCCUCCUUUCCCCCCAAGUCGGAGUUGCAUAAAAGUUAUGACUCUUAGCCUUAACAUAAUUUUUCAGAUGGAAAAAGUAGAGUGAAGGGAGAAUAUGUUGUUACCAUUUUCCAAUGGCAAAAAUGAGGACAACUAUUUUUCCAUGCCCAGUGAUCCUAGAGGAACUUAAUGUCCCAAGUUAAAAAUCUUGAAUGGGAGAGACCCUCUUGAGAAAAUCCUUUUCUGGUCAACACUUAUCAUAAGUCAUGUCCAAGAGAUCUAUGAAAAAAUCCAGUUCUGAAAUAUAUACCAUCUGGACAUCUGAAGUUAACAGGCAGCAGCAUACUUAAGUUCCCCAUUAGCUUUGCUGAGGGUCCUGUAACAAGAUACUGCAGUGACAUUUGCAGCUGAGAGUCAGGGCAUCUGAAUACAAUAAAUGAGGAGAACAGUUAUGUAGAGUUCUCUGCUCCCCUACUUCUGUUUACAAGAGACAUGACCAAAAUUGUUUUAAAAUAUUGUCUUCAGUGAAAGAGGGCUUGUAAUUACACUGCACUACUCAAUGUUCUAGCCUUUUAGUCAAGUUAAGACGGUGAAAAACUCAGUCCGGAAGUUGAGCCAAAACAGAGCCUCAGUGUACUGCAAGCUGUAAUUUGAUAGCCUUCUUUCUGCAGGCUUUGAGAAACCAUUUUAACUCUAAAACUUUACAUGGAACAUCAUUAUGGAUAGAUAACUUGGCUUUAUUUACCUCUCACUAAUGUUAUUAGGCCAAGCUGCUAAUUACUUGUACUUGAAUUGCCUGUUUGUUAAAGCUGGAAUUCUGCUUUCUGUUCUGUAUUAUCUAAAAUGUAGAAAGACUAUGACUGUUCUUUGUAAUAUGCUUCUGAGUGAAUUUAAUGCACUGGGUUAUACAACAUGCUGUGAUUGCUUACACCUUAAUUAGCAGUGAAGUAGUAUUUAGUUAAUCUUAUUAACUUGCCUCCAAGCAAGAUAAUUAGGGGGGGAGGUGGAUUAAUUUGGGCUUUAAUGAAAUGAAAUCAGCUGUCUGAAACUUUUGAGACCUGAUUUAAUUUGAAUAUGAAAUACCUCUAAUGCAAAUACAACAGGUGGCACUUUACAGUGGGGGCUCAUCCCAGGAGCACCUGUACCUUCAUAUAUGAUAUAAGGAUUUAUAUAUAGAUUAAAAUAUACAUUGGAAAUUGUGAUUUCAGUGUGUUUGUAUAGGCCAUUGCAUUACGGUUAAAUAGUGUUUGUUUUCAGUCCCUGAUGACCUUGUUUAGAAACCUGGAGAUGAAGGACUCUCUGCCUUGCUGUCCUGAACUAUCCAGUCACUUGAGUGAGAAAAAUGGAAACUGAACAGUUAACUGGAAGGGAGAGUGGAAGCAGUGCAGAGUGUCUGGCUGUAGACAGCCUGGGAAGUGACGUCUUGUAGCAUUUGCUGUUCUAGAAAGAGCGGAGACACGUAGUGUAAAUGGGAGGACUCUGGAGAGGGGCUGUCUCCCCACCAGUGUGUAUAUUUAUCUAUAAAUGAGCAACAGGAGGGGAGGGAAUGAAAUAGGAAGAGCAGCCUACCAUUACUCUGUAUGCCAAGGGCUUUGCUGAUUUGUACUAACUUUGUUUAAAUAGCAGAUGUGGUCUUUUUUUUUCACCUCUUCCCUCCAGUAUCUGCAUUGCUAAGACACGGGACACUGGUUUCUUUAUAUCAAGGAAAACCUAAAUUCCUCUUACUUUCGGAAUGGGGAAAGAUUAUUAUUCAAUUCUAGGAAUUGAAAAAGGGGCUUCUGAAGAAGAUAUCAAAAAGGCUUACAGAAAACAAGCCCUUAAAUGGCAUCCAGAUAAGAACAAAUCCCCCCACGCAGAAGAAAAAUUCAAAGAGGUUGCAGAAGCUUAUGAAGUACUGAGCGAUCCCAAAAAAAGAGACAUCUAUGAUCAGUUUGGGGAGGAAGGUUUGAAAGGAGGUGCUGGAGGACCUGAUGGACAAGGUGGCACCUUUCGGUACUCCUUCCAUGGUGACCCACAUGCUACGUUUGCAGCGUUUUUUGGUGGUACAAAUCCUUUUGAGAUUUUCUUUGGUAGAAGAAUGCCUGGUGGAAGAGACACUGAAGACAUGGAAGUGGAUGGUGAUCCAUUUGGAUCCUUCACCAGUUUUAGCAUGAAUGGAUUUCCAAGAGAAAGGAAUACAGUUGGUAGCCAACUCCGUCGCAAACAAGAUCCUCCUGUUAUCCAUGAACUUAAAGUAUCACUGGAAGAGAUAUAUCAUGGGUGCACCAAAAGAAUGAGGAUUUCCCGAAAAAGGCUUAACCCAGAUGGCAGAAGUGUCCGAACAGAGGACAAAAUUCUCACUAUAGAGAUCAAGAGAGGGUGGAAAGAAGGUACUAAAAUCACUUUCCCAAAAGAAGGUGAUGAAACACCCAGCACAAUCCCAGCUGACAUUGUUUUUGUCAUUAAAGAUAAACCUCACUCGCACUUCAAGAGGGAUGGGUCAAAUAUUAUCUACCCUGUUAAGAUCAGCUUACGAGAGGCUUUAUGUGGCAGUUCAAUUAAUGUUCCAACAAUAGAAGGCAGAACCAUACCUAUGACAAUAAAUGAAGUUGUAAAGCCUGGUAUGAGAAGGCGAAUUAUAGGAUAUGGAUUACCAUUUCCCAAAAAUCCUGAUCAGCGUGGUGACUUAAUUAUAGAAUUUGAAGUUCUUUUUCCAGAUAACAUAUCUGCAGCAUCAAAAGAAGUACUCAGGAGAAAUCUCCCUGUUUCAUAAAGGAAAGGACUGUGAACACUGUUUAUUCAGGACACUGAAAAUAUAGAAGACUGGCAAGUUCAUGCUGUAAAAGUGCAAUCUGUAAUAAUUUGUGGCAUAUUCAUUUUCUUUUGUGGGAUGGGGGGAGGGAGCACUGUAAUGCUGCAUGAGAAGACCUGGAUUAAAUAAAUACAGGUCAUGUAAGUGACUCCUGCAGUAAAACUUCCAGGGAAAACCACUCACUGCAUUUUAUUUAGAUCUUCCUAAUCAUAAAGUUUUGCCAGUAUUUUGCUAAUGUAAAAUGUAACCAUUUUGCAAAGUCAGUGCAUAUAUUUCUCAUUAAGUACUUGGGUGCUCAAGUACUUUACUUCAUGUAUUUCUAGAAUAGCUACAUGACUUGACCCAGUAAUGCUGGAAAUCAGAAUUCACAGUAAAAACGCACAUAAUAUGCACCAAUGUUUAAAAAGAAGGUAAAACAUAAGACACCAUUAGAUAUGCAGAUGCGCAUGCUACCUUCCACUACAUAAAACGGAGACUUUGAAAAUCCGCUUGAAGCUCCCAAACAUUCUUGCUGCCACAGCCAGAUUUUUGGGAAUGCCCAACAGGAUUAAGGGAGGGCACAUGGCUUGAGAAAGAAGUAGAGGUUCAGCCAUUUUCUGGGAUGUUCCUGUUGGGUCCAGGCAGAUUUUUCAGUCCACUCAGGAGUUCUUACUAUACAGCACUAGGGCUCUCUGCAGAUGAAUCUGAAACCAGGAAUCAGUAGAGAUGGCAUGAUAAUUUGGCUAUAAAGGAAGCCAUGUGCUCACUGUAGAGAGAGAUGUUGAAGAACAUAAAGGCAAUUGGCCAAAAUAGCAUGCCAAGAUCAUGCAGAUCUUGACAUCUAGGUUUCAAGGGAUGAACCCUUCACCAGUCAUAGAAAAAGAGACAAUACAAGAGACUCAGCUCCAAGCUGAACAUUUUUGAGGAAACUUGGUGCCUGAUCCAAAGCUUAUUUAAACCAAUGGAAGUCUUUUCACAACUUCAGAGAGAUUGGAUCAUCUAUUGUGCAUAGAAAUACAAGUUUCUAGCCCCUUGGCUUAAAAAAAUAUGGAAGCGAAGCAGAAAGCCCUCAGUUAUUAAGUCUAGUUUUAUAACACUGCAAUAGGGCUGGUUCCCUUGGUAGUAACAUGGAUUUAGUGAUAAUAUUGCCUGUUUUCAUUAUUUUAAAUCUAAAAAUGUGCUAUAGUGCUUUAACACUAUUCUUUAGGGAAGAGUUCUUUUUCUUUAUAAGAAGAAAAUAUUAUUUUCUAUCAUUCUUUUACCUGUGGAAAUUUACUAGUUGCCUGCUCUUCUGGGUAACUGUAAGAUAUAAAAGGGUGUUUAACAUCUUCGUAUGAAAGAUUUUCUGUAGAAAGUGGACUAUAUGUGAGUUGGGAUUAAUUUAGUUGUAACACCUUGUAAUGAGAACUAGUUCAGAAAGAAUUCCAGUGACAUACUUCUAGAAAUCCCCUGUGCUUGAGUCAAUUCUCCAAAUGCAGAUUCUCUUUCAAACAGUGUUUACGCCAUAAAUAGAAUAAGUCAUAUUCAUGUGCAGUCCUAAACGAACACAGAACCAGAACAGUAGCUGGAGUGGUACCACAAAGGGGAAAAAGUUGCUGCUUAAUGCUUACGCAUAUUGUUAAUGUUAUAUAUUGUGUUUAUGCGUUUAAAAGACUCCCUGUUUCAGUAUGUUCUGUAUUGCAUUUCUAAUAUGUUUUUUAAUUAAAAAAAAUGUAAACUUUUUAA